GUUCGGCUGCUUUGUUAUAGAUUCCUUGUAGGUUUCCUGCAGAUUUUAGUGUUGCAAUGGAACCGAGCUGGAGUACGUUUUUGUUUCAGCAGGCCAAUGAGGCUCUGCAUCACCAGCACCAAGUAGCCGGGAAUAGCCUCUUGCCUUUGCUCAAUUCUGGAACGGAGCCACCUGAUCAAAAACCGGUGCUGCCAAUUCCCUUGGACCAGAAACCCCCUGUCAGUGCUGCGGAACUUCUUAAAGACAAUGUGGCCAGUGGGACUGGUGGAGGAAGUGGUGGGCCUCCUCUUGCCGUGGUCAAAAAGGAGCCCAAAUCAAAAACACCUUUCAUCUGUGGCUACUGCAACAAGGCUUUCCGAGACAGCUACCAUCUGCGGCGACACGAGUCUUGCCACACCGGCAUCAAGAUGGUUUCAAGACCUAAGAAAAUGCAAACAGCCCCCACCAUGGUGCCGCUCAUAUCCACUGUACCACGGGAGAAUAGCGGAAAUGCUUCGUACAUUACUACUGUAGCUGGUAUCUUGACUACAGCCACCACGUCAACAUCCACAGGUACUAGCGUCAUGACUCCAAUGCAACACCAACACCAACAGCAGCAGAGCUUCCCUAAGAAGCCUGCCAAGCCAGUGAAAAAGAAUCAUGGCUGCGACAUGUGUGGUAAAGCCUUCAGAGAUGUAUAUCACCUCAACCGCCAUAAGCUGUCACACUCUGAUGAGAAGCCAUUUGAGUGUCCCAUCUGUCAGCAGAGGUUUAAGAGGAAGGACCGCAUGACAUACCAUGUACGCUCCCAUGAUGGUGGAGUUCACAAACCUUACAUCUGUUCUGUCUGUGGGAAAGGCUUCUCCAGACCUGAUCACCUAAGCUGUCAUGUCAAGCAUGUCCACUCCUCUGAGAGGCCAUUCAAGUGCCAAGUUACGGCCUGUACCUCUGCUUUCGCUACCAAAGACCGUCUGCGCUCCCACAUGAUCAGGCAUGAAGGCAAAGUGACCUGCAGCAUCUGUGGUAAAAUGCUAAGCGCUGCCUACAUCACAAGUCACCUCAAGACACAUGGCCAGGCCAACUUCAGCAACCCAUGUAACAAUAAAGGCAUAAGUGACUGGCAGUGGAACCACUCAGGGCCACGAAAAGGUGAGUUGACAGUAGGAGAGAUUUUAAAUAACUCCUUCCAAGUCCUAAUUGACAACUCUCACAAAGAUGCCAACAAUGUGCACAACUCGGCUAACACGACACCGGUCACCAACUCGGCAGCUAUCACUUCAUCUAUGAACCGCGGUAACAACGCCAGCAACCCCAUUACCAUCGCCGCUCAGAUGAACAUCGCCACCAGCACGGUCAACAUCACGUCACCAAUCAACCUGCAGCACCCCGUCACCAUCACUGGCCCCGUGAACCUGACCUCUGUCAACAUCCCGACGACGGCACACAUGAAUAUCGCCCAUCCGGUUGCUAUCACCAAUGCCAUGUCCAUGAAUAUCACCGGGCCGCUCAACAUCGCCAUGAGGCCCAUGGAGAGCAUGCCUUUUCUAUCCCAAGUUCUGCCUUCCUCCCCUCCUUGGUAGAGCCGGUUUUAGCCCAUGUAACAGCAGAUAAUGUCUCAACUGCCUAAUAAUGAGCCUGUCAAAAUGCGUUGAAUUUCAAAAGGCAACAACUAAUGUAUUGCAACCACGUGGUUAGUAACCAUAAUCAUUACUUGUAGGAGUCAUCGGGUUUGUAGCUGUUUGCUAUCGCGUUGGUUUUGUCUGGAGUGUUUUUUUUCCCGCCCUCCGCUCUUUUUAAAAUAAAGACCACCACAGUUGGUAGGUUUUUAAAAAGCUUGGAAAUGGUCCUGAAGUUCAGUACUGCUAACUCCAGAGCGAAGAGUAAACACAAACUCGGAUUGACUCAUUUAUGACCUGUUCACUAGAUGAAUUUCCUGAAUGGUGUCACAGACGACAGAGUAUCUGAAAUAAAUUCUUCCACGUGUCGAUGGGGGAAACAGGUUCCCUGAAAAAGACAAUUUUGUACCAAAGAUUUUCUUAGUGUUUGCCACUAAAAUGACAUAUUUUGAACAAUAAACAAGAAAACCUUUGCACAUUAAGACCCUCGAGGAACCAAAAGUUUUUGUUAAGAUGAAAUGAGUGUUGCACCCGUCCCUAAUUUGUCGACACCGUUUUACAGUGAAAGCCAACAUGGUAAAAUGUUGCCUCUUAAUCGUUACACAUCAUGUAUAGUAUGUUGCAAGAAUGCUACUUAUUGCAGGAUUUAAGUUCAUGAUAAACCACUUGCAUUAAUGUCAGUUUAUCAUGAACGGGGCUUAUUACACUUUAAAAACCAAGAGUAUUGUUUUUCCACCUUGACGUGGGUUGAAUUAUUGGGCAGUUAUUACAUUUUCAUCUGCUGAAACCACAUUUGUUUUGCUUAUCUCUUUUGUCUCUC